GUUUUACAGUAUAAGGUUUCCGAUCGAAUAGGGGAUUUCUUAUCGCUUAGAAUUAUUGCUUAGGUUUUGAUUUUGGGUUUGAGUUUCCUUGUUUUUCAAUCGAAGUUUGUCUCUCUGAAAUUUUGGUUUUUUUUUUGCGGUAAUGGCGUCAAUGCAGUCGAUAUCAACUGCUUUAGAAUCCGCUAAUAAGAAAAAAGAAAAUCUUCGUAAAGCUUUCGAAGAUCUUCAAUCUCAUUCGUCUUUUCUUUCUUCUUUUGUCCUUCAAUGGAAGGAUUUAGAAGAACACUUUCAAUCGAUACAGAAAUCGAUUGAUGAACGUUUCAAUGAGCUUAAAUCGAAAGAGAAAGUAUCAUCAAUGAACGGAUCACAAUCACAAUCUCUUGAUAAACAACUAGUUGUUGUGAAAGAGGAGAAAGAAUUAGAUAAUAAUUCUGAAACCAUUGUUCCUCGUCCUGAAUUCAAGUCUCUCUGUAGUAAUAUGAAUGGUAUAGGGUUAAGAACAUAUAUUAUGAACAAUCGUAAAGAUGUUAGUGCCAUUCAUGAAGUUGGUGUUGCUCUUAAACUUGCACCUGAUCCAGCAAAACUUGUUUUAGAUUCAAUGGUAGGGUUUUUUGUCCCAAAUUCUAAAGGUGAUAAAGAUGGAGAAGAGGCAGCUACGAGAAGAACUUGCAUUCUUCUAUUGGAGAAAUUAUAUGAUAUUUCUCCACAAAUUAAACCUCAAAUCAAAGAGAAAGCAAUGCAAGUGGCAAUUGAGUGGAAAGGAAAGCUUUCUAAAGGAGAGGAUAAUCCUUUAGAACGAUUAGGAUUUUUGCAACUGUUAGUUACUUAUCACCUUGUAUCUUCUUUUGAUGCAAAAGAGCUUAUUGAUUUAGUUGUUUCUAUUGCUAAGCGAAAGCAGGCGAUCGAUUUAUGUCGUUCUCUCGGCUUCACAGAUAGAAUUCCAGAUCUCAUCCGUAAACUUAUUGAAAAAGGAAGACAUCUUGAAGGUGUCAAGUUUGCUUAUGCGUUUGAACUGGUGGGAAUGUUUCCGCCAGUACCCCUUCUAAAAUCAUAUAAAAAACAUGCAAAGAAGCUCGCUGAUGAUGUGCGGCAGAAAGGAAAUCAAUCUCUUCAAGCGCAGAAUGAGGCGACAGCCAAACAAAUCUCUGCCCUCAAAGCUAUAGUCAAGUGCAUUGAAGAGCACAAACUCGAAGCUGAAUACCCACGUGAGGGGCUAGAUGUUCAUAUUUCACAAUUGGAAAAGCAAUUAUCUUCAAAGAAAAGAGCAACUAAUGUCCCAGCAGCUGUUGGUAAGCAACAACAGAAACAACAGGCACAACCACCACAACAACAUUCAGGAAACAAGCGUAGUGGCACAACAGCUGGUUCCAGUCAACAACAACAUACAGGAAAUAAGCGUUCUCGAGGACCACCAUCAUCUCAGGCUUUACCUUCCAGUGCGAAGAGUGUUGGUGUACCACCUAGUCAAGCUGACUACUAUGAACCACCACCUAGCCAAGCUGAGUAUUAUCACCCUUCUAGCAUGUUAUUACAUGGCCAAGAUAGAGUGUCACCAUACCUUGGUGGCGCCCUUUCAUCGGCUCACCACUACAGUGUAGGCCCUUCAUCGGCCCACCAUUAUAGAGAUUUGUCUGGUUCCCAGUAUUCGAGUAGUUCGGGUGCACCAGGGCCUUAUGGUGCUGGGUCUAGUUCACUUAAUUACGGGCUAAACCUAAGCCCAUCUAGGUCCCAACUUUAUUCAUUUGAGCAUCAUCUUUCAAAUGCUCUCUAUGAAAGGUCAGUGGCGGCUGCUCAUGGUGGGGCUGGUGGUGCUCAUGUUUUGCCACCAACUCAUCACCACUCUGCAGCAGGUUUUAAUGUUAAGGGUUUACCCCCAACUAGCCAUCCGUCUUACUAUCCUUGAGCGUUCUGCGGGCUUCUAUAGUUUCAGUGUAUAGGAGUACAUAUUAUGUCAGCAUGACUGCCUUCUUAUGAAUGGAGCUACGACGAUUUUCUUGCUGCCAAUGAAAUCGUUGUAUAUAUGAAUGCUCUUUGAAACUGAGUGACUUAUAUGUUAGACUUUUAUUAGAAUUUGAACUUCAACAUUUUCAUCGUUACAGGGUUCUUCUACUGUUCUCUUUUUGGAUCAUGUUUCUGGUACCCUAGUUAUUUGAUUACUUUCUGUUCUAAACCUUUGAUAAUAGUUACAGUAUCUUGUAGCCUGGUUUUAAAACUAGAUGGUCCUUUACAAUUCUAAAUCUGAACUGAAGUGGUUAGUCAUUUGAUCUUUUGCUGAUUUCUGAGAAAAAGAUUCUUAGUUAUCAUACUAGAGCGCCAUGUGUCCAAGUUUGGGUAUACAGAGGCAUUCGGUUUAUUGGCUCUGUAUGCCAUCCUAUAGUUAUUCUCCUCACUCGGUGUAUGAACAUUCCGUGUAAGCAUGAUUACAUGUUCCAUUCCUGAUGGAACAAGUUGAUCUCGUUUCAGUAUCACUAUGAGUUUCAUGCCUCACGUGGUACCUUGCUUGCGUUUAUGCUAGUAAAUAAAUAAAUGAGGUCAGAUGGAUUCACCUUCAGUUAGAUUGAAGAUUUUUAGUUUAUUGCAGAGUUAGAUUUGCACUGCUCUCUGGAAAAGUGAGCUUAAAUUAGGUCGAAGAGACUCAUUUUUAGUGGGAUUGAAGAUGAUUAGUUAAUUGUACAGUCUCAUUUGAACUUCUUGUCACUGUCAUAGUCGUAUUGGAUUUAACUUGGUAUAAUUCCAUUUCAAAGAUUUGUGUUCCACAUUCUAAGCUCGUAAAUUGUAUAUUGAAUGAGUAAAACCCCAUAACUUCGGA